AUGAAAGCCGAAAAGAAGCGAUUAGAAUCAUUACAUAUCGUCUUCACGAGUGCUUUCGACGGAUAUUUGCACCUAGCUCCUAUAGACUGGAGUCCGCAGCGCGUAUUAGACAUUGGUUGUGGAACUGGGACAUGGUGCAUUGAAAUGGCAGAUUCAUAUCCUGGUGCCGAGGUCAUUGGAGUCGACCUCAAAGCUUUCCAGCCAUUUCUAGUGCCUCCAAAUUUAUCAUUUGAAAUCGAUGAUGUGGAGGAAGAAUGGACUUGGAACCGCUCUUUUGACUAUAUCCAUGCUCGCUACAUGGCUGGGACAAUUUGCGAUUGGCCUAGACUGAUACGGCAGUGUUUUGAUAACUGCAUUUCCGGCGGCUGGGUUGAAUUUCAGGACAUGGAUUCAAUAUACGUUGCUCAUGAAGCAUCUGUGUCCAAAGAAGGCCGCAUAUUGCAAUGGCUUGCAUACAGCUGCAAUAUCAAUGAUUUGAGCGAAUUGGCCAUUCACUUAGACUCAACUUUUGCUCAAUGGAUGCAUGGGGCUGGUUUCAUCAACAUCCACAUUGUUAAAAGGGUUUUGCCCCUUGAUGUGUUAGCAGAAGAUUUGAAGUCGGAAGGUGGUCUUUAUAGUGAAACUCAGCUACAUGGCGGUCCUUCCGAUAUGAAUAGGGAGUCGUUCGAAGAUGCACCUGGCUGGGCUAGUGGCCAGGUUGAUGCUUUCAUCGAUGACAUUCGAAGAGACCAUCCUUCGGUAACUCUAUAUACAGUUUAUGGUCAAAAACCGAUCCACGAGUAG